AUCUCCGGCCCCCCUUUUUCCGUGCGAAGCUUUUCCAGCAAUCAAGAUAUAUAAAAGGGUUUAGAGAGAGAAAGAGUUCAGAUCGAGUAUGAUAUAUAAUUAAUAUUAUUGGGGCAUGUUGUGUUUCUUCUUGGUUUUCCCUUGCUUCUUAUUUAACCCUAUAUCUUCUUUCUUUCUUAGUUCCUUGCUCAACCUUUUCCUUUGCUUUUUCUCUUCUUUUCUUCUCCUUUCUUGUCCCUUCCUCGGGAUCUGAUUUCUUUCUCCUUCUCUAGAGUCUAGACAAGAAGAAGACAAUUCCGACACUAACUGCAGUUUAUGUUAAGGUUCUGAGCAUUUCUAGGGAAAAAAUGAAUACUUUCUCGCAUGUUCCCCCGGGUUUUAGAUUCCAUCCCACAGAUGAAGAACUUGUGGAUUAUUACCUCAGGAAAAAAAUUGCUUCCAAAAGGAUAGAUCUGGAUGUCAUCAAAGAUGUUGAUCUUUAUAAAAUUGAACCUUGGGACCUGCAAGAAUUAUGCAAAAUAGGAACUGAAGAGCAGAACGAAUGGUAUUUCUUUAGCCAUAAAGACAAGAAGUAUCCCACAGGUACUCGAACCAACAGAGCAACAAAGGCAGGAUUUUGGAAAGCUACAGGAAGAGACAAGGCUAUAUACGCCAGGCAUAGCCUCAUUGGCAUGAGAAAAACCCUUGUCUUCUACAAAGGACGAGCCCCAAAUGGACAAAAAUCUGAUUGGAUCAUGCAUGAGUAUCGAUUGGAAACAAAUGAAAAUGGAACUCCACAGGAAGAAGGAUGGGUGGUUUGCAGGGUGUUCAAGAAGAGGAUGACAACAGUUCAGAAAAUGGGAGAAUAUGAUUCACCAUGUUGGUAUGAUGACCAGGUCUCCUUCAUGCAGGAACUUGAUUCCCCUAGGCGAAUCACUCAGCCCUACACACAAUAUCACCAUCUCUAUCCCUGCAAGCAAGAGCUAGAGCUGCAAUACAAUUUGUCGCAUGAUGCUUUCCUCCAGCUCCCCCAGCUUGAGAGCCCUAAAGUUCCACAAUCAGGCACCAGAAGUCUUAGCUGCAAUUCUGUUGUUCCUUAUGCUGGAAGCACUUUGCAGUCAUCACUGUCCCAAGAGCAACAUUUAAUGCAGCAAGCGGGCCACCACCAGAAUCUGAACUCAGUUUAUGGCAACAGCAAUGAUCAAGCAGUGGAUCAAGUCACAGAUUGGCGAGUUUUGGACAAAUUUGUAGCAUCUCAGCUCAGCAAUGAGGAUGCUUCCAAGGAAACCAACUACUCCAAUGCAGCAGCCUUUCAAGUUUCUCAACAACUGAAUAUACUAGGCAGUGCUGAAACAAAAGGGCCAUCAGAAAUUGCUGCUCAUCAUCAGGAAUAUGCCUCCACAUCCACUUCGAGUUGUCAAAUUGAUCUGUGGAAGUGAAAGCAUAUUCUAAUAAUUAGAGGAUACAUAUGCAAGUACUACUAAUUAAUUAUAGGAAGUACAUGUAUAAAAAUUAUGAAAGAAACAGAUCGAUCCUUCAAGGUUUCUGUACAUAAUAAAGCUAAAAUGGUAUUGCAUUAGUUAUGGAGACUUCUUGGUUGAAUUAAUACUAGCUAGUAUCUAGCUAGUUAUUUGACUGAAAAAUGCAUGUAAAAUAAAAUAGUUUUCCUAGGUGGACUAUGGUUGAGUUCUCUUUUGGGACUGGCUCAGCCUAUUAAUAUGGAAUGUAUCUUGCCUUGUAUAUUUUGAAGUUCAAUUAAUAUGCAUAUAUAUA